AUGACGACGAGUGGCGGCGCUGCACGCAUAGUAAAGCCGGUGGACGAUCCGGAGGUGGCGCCAGCGGUGGAGGCGGAGCCGUGGCCAUGGCCGGUGAGGGAGAAGAAGGUGCGUCACCAGGCUUUCCUCGCCGGCAGCCUGAUGACGCUGCUGCUCCUCGCGUGCUUCGUCCUCGGCCGGGAGAGCGCGUCGUCAGCGAUCGACCUCGCCAAGCUCACAGCCAUGAACAAUGGAACAGCAGGGCUUACGACGAACGCUCCUCAUAGCCGUGACGAGCUUCUCGGCGGGCUUCUCCCGGCGGGCAUGGACCAGUAG